GUCGUGAUAGUAGCGCGUUUGUUUCCUCUCCUCUUAACUUCAUGUUGUUUUUCACGUUCAGCCUUUUAAUAUGAGUUCCCUGUUGAUGCUGGGGAGUUAAAGUCUGGCAGACUGAUGGCUUCCUGUGUGCUGUGUCGUCGGUUGCCCAGGCUACGCUACCUCCCAGGCUUGAGAAAAGACUUUACCCAGGCUCAGCAUGUGCCUGUCAAACAAGAGGAUGAGAUGGAUGAUCUUGAGGGGAAGAAAGAAGUAUUACAACACCAGGAAGCCUUUCCCCAGGGGGGGUACAGGCUGUAUUACAACCCUUCCUCUUAUCAUGCCUCUGUGUGGAACUCAGCAACCUCCCAGAGCCAAACAGAUAAUGAUGAGGAUGAACAGUGUCUCUCCACUCUCGCACCUUCCUUCUGGCAACAGAGCAAUCACUACAGUGUGAGUUGUUCACGGCAUCUCUCCAGCUCAAAUAACACACUUCUUGACUUAGCUUUCAACAAAGGCCCUGAAUCUGAGAAGCCACCCGUUUCACCAUACUACAGAAAGCCCACACCGCCAGAUGUUAAAGUAGAUACACGUGCCUUCCUCAAAUGUCGGCCAGGGUAUGCCUCCAUGACCCUUGACCUCACCCAGCGGCCUCACCCAAUUGAAUGGGAAGAGGCCCUGCCAGUGCUCCAAAAAGUGACUGUUUUAAAAGGCAGCAUGAAACCAUCUGAUGUGUCUCAGUUUUUUGUGGAGCUCAGCCGCUUGCACCCGGACAAGAUGACAUUGGUGAGGAGUGACCAGCGCUUUAUCAUGCUCCUCCGAUAUUCUGUGGAAAACCUUCGCCUCUUCACUCAACAUCAGCUGCUGGAGGUGCUGCAGUCCUUUGUGUGGCUGGACAUGCCCUCUGCACACACUGUACUCGGGCUGUAUGAGGCCGAGCUAAACCGCCGGGCCAACCAGAUGAGUUUACACCAUUUGCUGUUAGCCGCUGACUUGUGGCGUUGUAUUGGCCGCCAGGUCCCCCAGUUCUUACAGCACCUCUAUGAUUCCGUCCCCCUGCAUCUGGCACAGAUUGGGGUCCCUGAGCUGGUGCAACUGUUGUAUAUAACGGGAGAGGGUAGGCAUUGCUCAAAGGACUUGAUCCAUCCUGUAGAGCAGCUUCUCAUGCGUCACUUACAGCAACUUUACCCUGAGGAAGUUGGUGCUGUAUGCUUGGGGCUAUUUAAAUCCCAGACUUCCAUAUCUGAGGGAGCAGUAACUCGUAUUAUUGAUAAGGCGCACUCUUUUGUGGAGGAGAUGAGCGACUUUGCCAUUGUGAAUGUGCUGAAAUUAUUGCGUUUCAGCUACCUGUAUCACAGGGCGUGGCUGCAGGCCCUGUCACGGGAAGUUCCCCGACGGGCCCAUGGGAUGGGUGUCCAGGGUCUAAUGCAUGUGGCACUGGCCUGUUCAGCGCUGCAUUACCGCGAUGAUAACAUCCUAUUGGCAAUUGCGGAGAGAAUUCCCUCGCUGGUGCCGCACUGCAGGAGCAAAGACUCAUGUAAACUGCUGUGGGCCUUUGGCACAUUAGGGUUUCUCCCAGCCCAGAGCCCCAGCUACUAUCCGAGCCUUAUAGAGGCCCUGAGAAGGAGGAAAGCUGAAUUCCAACGAUACCCAGAGCAUCUGCUUACUGGUCUUCUAGGCCUGGCCUUCGUCUCUCAGUUUCCAGAGGACCUAAUUGCAUUAGCUUUGAGUCCUGCCUUUGUCAACUCGGCACUGAAAUCCGCACAGCUGGAGCUGAAAAAAGACUUUUUCACUUUAGAUGAAACCGUGGCUCUGGAGUUGCCUCAGUGGAGUGGCCCGCGGCUAAGCUGCAAACUGAGAGAGGAGGUGGUAGAAAUGCUGUGGAAGUUUGCUCAGUCAGACGUGUGCCGGAAACCAGACGUUCUGGAGGCAGAAUCUACUCUGCAGGAUCUGCUUGGAGGAGAGAAGUUUGUAUUUAAGAGAAUGAUUCUCCCCCACACUCGCUCCAUCGACCUGGAAGUACAUCUCGACUCCACUGGACAGCCAAUACCUGUGAACCCAGCAUCCCACACAGCCACGCCAUCUCAAGAUGACAGUUCAUCCAAAUAUCUGUCUCAUCAGGGUUGGGAAAGAAUGAAUGUAGGAGUAACUAUAACUGAUGGACUUUUAACACAGCUAACCAAUACAAAAAAAACCACACAACCGUUAACCCCUUCUCCUCCGGUUAAGCCUACAUCUCUCCACAGAGUAGAGCCUGAUGAGGGUGGGAGACAGUUUGACACAGGACUAGACCUGACCAGUGACAUUAUAGAAACUCUUUGCAAAUCGCGUAUCCAAGCCUCAGCCCCUCAGGACUCCAAAGGCACAGUCAAACUCGCCAUCCAAGUUUCCAGCAGGAACCACUAUUGCUACAAUUCACAGCAGUUGUUGGGCCUGCAUGCCAUGAAGAGGAGGCAGCUGAAGUUGGCUGGCUACAGGGUUGUAGAGCUUAGCCACAAGGAGUGGUUCCCCAUGCUGAGGAAAAGCAGGGUUGAGAAGCUGGCACAUCUGCACUGCAAAAUCUACAACAGUCUGUAAUGAU